AUGGCUGCUAGAUUCCUCGCAAGGCGGGCUAAUAGCAAGGAUAUUCCAACCGCAACGCAAUCCAACAGACCAACUUCAAAGUACAGAUUUGAGGGCCAUGAGAAUGCUGUUGAAGGAUUUGUCUUCUUGCACGACAACAUCCACAUCGUGAGUGGUUCUUGGGACGGCACGAUGCGGAAGUGGAACUGCGACACAGGACUUGUUGUCGGGGAACCGUGGAGAGGCGAGGGCGGAGGUAUAUAUGCACUGGCACUUUCCCCAGACGGCAAGACAAUUGCGUGCGGGAGGGAGGACGGAAGCGUUGAGCGGUGGAACACCGAUGGGGAGAUGAUGGAAGGUGUUUGGACCGGUCAUGGCGACAGGGUGCAAUCACUCUCAUGGUCUCCCAGUGGAAGGCAUAUUGCCAGUGGGUCGCACGAUGAAAUAAUUCUGAUUCGAGACGCAGAAAGUGGAGAAGUGGAGGUGGACCCGAUUGACACGAAGCAGAUCCAUGUGUUUGCUCUUGCGUACUCACCUUCUGGCGACAGAAUUGCAUCAGGCGGAGAGACGUUUGGCAAAACAAUUUGCAUAUGGGACAGCACAACAGGCAGCCUUGUUGUCACUAUCAAAGGCCUGGGCAUGGGUAGUACUGUGACCUCUUUGGUGUGGUCGCCGGACAACAGCAAACUCUACUCAGCUGCCUCCGACAAAUUCACACGCGUUUUUGAUAGCACCUCGGGCAAACUACUCCAUCGCUUCAAGCACUGUAACACCGUGAAUUCUGUCGCACUUUCGCCCCACAACAAUGUUCUAGCGUGUGUAGGCGAAUGGAACGUUGCGCAGCUAUGGGACGCAGAAUCCCAUCAGCCACUCGGCCAACCAUUUUGCCAGUCCCAAAGACAAUAUUUCGAACGUUUUUAUUGUGUGACGUUCUCUCGAGACGGGAGAUACGUAGCAUAUGGCGGAGACUAUGGGGAACUUACGCUCUGGACGGUAGAUGACAUAGCUCCCGAGCCUACAUUGCCCAUACUUCCACAAGGUCAACUUGGAGCUGUACAACAGGAAACUCGACCGCAGACCAAUCUACAGCGCGAAAUUGGACCCGAUCCAGAGCAUGAAAAUCGACCCGAUUCUCCAAUAUCAUCUUGCCUUGACGCUGAUGCUACAGGGGGUGGAGGUAUAAUGGAGGACAUGCGCGAUGACCCAUACAAUAAUUUUUUCAUGUCGUCCCAAACAUCUCUUCCUGCCGCGACAUCCAGUCCCACCCAGCCUCACAACCCGUUCUCUGCUCGGCGGUUCUGGAACAUGAUCUCCCGACAUUACCUGCCAACAAAUGAGUCCGAUCCAUUGCGAGAACGCCCCAAGCGAAAGUUCUUGGCGCGCCGUGCUCGCUCAAACUCCCCAUUACAGCCUGAACAAACCACACCCAACCAACCAGCGCUUGAUGGGAAGGCCCAAGCAGUAGAAAACGACGAAGAAGAUGAAAGAGAUGAUCUCGGCGUCAGUAAAUCAGAAAAGGAUAAAGGAAAGCAACGAGAUGAAUCUUUUGUUAAUGCACAGAGCCCACCACCUGAUGAUCACGCUGCUAAAUUCGAGAGCGCAGAAAAUUGCAGCCUUUGGAAACGGCUAUUGCGCACUCGAAGGAAGAAUCCCACAUCCGUUAACAUGGCCCCAGCAAUGAAACGUCCUGAGGUCGUUGAGGUAUAUGCCGUGCGCGGGUUCCAGGGAUAUGUCGCAAUGACACCGAAACGCAGGAGAGGGUCAUCAUCGGCAACAUUCAGUACUCCUCAGCUUGGCGCAGCUCACACAGGCGGCUCGUCACAGUCGAGUCCAUCCUCCCCAACUGGUGUCGCACAGGCCGGUACAUUGUUGCAAGCUUCGUCGUGGCAGGAAGGGCCGUCAUUUCCAGCAAUAGCGGGACGCAAAACUCAAUAUGUGCGAGCUGUUGGAGGUUCAUCAUCGUACACGUCACCAUCACGCUUUGGCACCUAUCACGCUGAUCAUGACUCAGAUUCGGAUUCAAUCCAAGGUUCCUGUCAUAAGUUCCUCGACAAAAUCUGUUACCCCCGCGGACGCUUCCACAACGAUUCUUAG